AUGAACAGUCAACAGCCAGCGUACGUUUUGUUCAUUUCAGUUUAUUGAUAAUUUAUGGAUCCUUUGAGUACCCUGUUUGCAACGCAAAACUGGGUGCGAUGCACAGCGGAAACAAUGCAGAACGCUUGUAAGAGAUCUUUACGUAGUUGCCCAUAACUCACAGGGAAGAGGUUCAAUUUGUUGGCGGGCUGCUUAAGUUCCGUGGAAAUAUUCUCUAUAUUAAGUGACCCUUUGAAUAUUCUGAUAAUUUGCCGGGUAUCGUCUCUAUUAUUUUCCGUUUCUCGUACUGCAUGUACUCUUGGUUAAGUGGACACAACGAGAAAGUAUACCGUUUUAUGUCCUUUAUUCCCGAAAAAACUAACGAACUCCUCUGGCUAUUCAGGAAAACCUUUGUGAUGUUAUAGUUUUUUCAUGAUGACUAAUACUUAGCCGGUUUUCGAAAUGUUUUGAGACAUUUUAAUGCGUAUGGUAGAGUGGGAAGGGCGUUCCCCAGUUGUUUAUUUUUUGUUCUAAAAGUUUCGCCUGCGACUCCGGCUACCCAUUCCUACACUGAAGUGUUGUGUACAGUUCUUAUUAUAUGACACGCGGAUUGUGUGCGCAUUUCGCCCAAUAUAUUGAUGGCCAGUGCCGACUGUGGGCACGGAUCAGGACCCCUUCCCUUGCGGUCUUUGUCGCCCUCGCCCGUUGGUCGUAGUUGUAAAUAGUGGUUGCAGUGAUAUCAUACCUUAACGAUUUCUGUCAGGUAUGUCCAAAAAGCCAGGUAGAAGCUAGGCGUUGUCAUGUGUGGUUAACUAAGCGAUCAGUGGACGUCAAGGCUUCCUGCACCUGUCCUCUUGUCUGACCACCGCCUCGGCCCGUAAUCUCGACGACAUCAAAACUGAGACCGUGCUCAGACUGUGCGGCAUUGAGUUAUAUCUCCGACUUUAAUCUAUGAAAGUCCGUCUGGAAUUCAUGCAUUCGCAUUCGCAGUCCUCGGCCGGUUUCUCCCGCAUUUAUCUUCCCUGUAGCUGCACUGAAUUAAGUUGACCACAGUCGAAUUCUCCUGACCAUAGAUGGAGUCUUUCGACUGCGCCACUUAUCAGCAGAUAUGUUUGAAAUGCCACAAGGCAUCUAGUCCCAGUCUAGGCGACGCCUUCUACAUGCGGAAUGUCCCGCCACGGUCUUGAUUGAUUUAACUUGUUAUUCCGCUUUAUUUGAGGCUUUUGACUUCUAUUUAAGAAUGUUUAUGCAUACUCUUUGACUCUAAAUAUCUGUCGGUGUGCUUCAUCUCGUCCUGUUUAAGGAUUAUGUUUUAAAUGGUUUCCACCCACUGUUGGGGUGUACAUAUACAACUUCGUCUGUUUUGCAACAGGCGGUUGCUGUCUUAGGUCAGUCAUUGCAGUGUUUCGGUGUGUCUCCUCUGACCUUCAAUUUGAGUCACAUAAGGACAUCAAAUACGGAUGCCCGUUUUCCUUUUUAUUCUUUUCUAUGAAGUGUAGAUAGAGAGUGGUGGAGUUCAGUCGUUCUGCACAGUAGUCAAUCUUGCCCUCGGCAACAAUGAUAAAGGCGCCAUCAACGCAUCGCACCCAAAAUCUAUGUUUGUUUCCUUGAAUUAUCAGAUUGUUGUAAAAUCACCUCAGCAAUAGUCCCGGAGAUGGGCGAAUCCAUCACGGCUCUAUUUAUUUCAUGAGAUGAAAUCCCCUCGAAGUAAGGUCGCGGUUUCAACUAUGAAGCCGUUAAUAUUGUGGACUAAUGUGGUAAUCACACACUUAGAGUGCAUGGAUGUCCACAGAUAGCUUAGUCAGCGGUCACAUGAACCAGCCGGCCUCCUGUCCGACUUUGGAGGCUUAAUUAAUAAAUAAAGUAAUGUGAGGUCGUUAGAGUUGUCCGUUAUCGUUGCAGUCAACUAGGGCCGUGGCGACCUAGACGACGACUGAAUGGUGUCCAACAGCAACAAUACUUUCAAGGCGCGGAGGGCUGAGUUCCGGCGCGCCGACUGCCUUAUAAAAUGCUGCAAAGCCUGAUAAUGGCGAGAGUUGACCGCCAUUAAAUGCGUUUGAUUGCCCUUGCUGCCUUAAGCCAGAGCGCUAGAGGAGACAAUUUUAAGCAAGCAGUCCGAGAGGUUGUUAGAGACCUAUUUGUCCUCAAAAUCCUCGGGAAACCUUAUGUAAAUGCCCAAGUGCAGUUAACAGUCACCAUUGGCGAUAUAUUCAUCAGGCGAAAUGCGUACGCAACCAAUGUCAUAUAAUAAAAACCGUGCACACUACUUUUCAGUUUGAUUAUGAGUAGCCCAAAUCGCCACUUCAAGCAUCAAAGAGGCAAUAAACCUAUUCCAGCAAAUGUUCCUCUUGUUUUCGACGAAUUGCGUGAUAUUCGCGUUAUUACUACUGUUUGUAUGAAUUUUACUUUUAAAGUAUCAUCGUCCACUGAAGUUAAAUAUAAACUCACAGGUUAGGAUUGCGUGCGGCGAGUUUGCGCUGAGUGCAAUCUGCCAUUCCCAAAAGUAUGUUCGUUCGUUCCUCUACUAACGAACGUUCUGCGUCCGCUAAAAUGAGCAUCUCUGAGCACCGAAGUCACACAAUACUGACUUUCUAUACUUGGCUGUGCUUCAUCUCCACGCCCACGUAUUGUUGAGUGCUGGCCUGUGAUCAUGCUUAUCCCUUGUACGAGUGCCUAAAAGUUCGUCUUCUCAUAUUUUCCAAAUGCAUUUCCUCAUUAUAAGGCCGCGCUCUCUCCCCCGGACUCGCGUCAUUCGUUGGAGAAUUUCGCCUAUGCAGUCAACUCCCCAAGAUUCCUGGCCUGCCGUGCAAUUGACGACAACUCGCUGGGCCUCUAGCGUUAUUGAUAGACUUCCCACAAGCAUUUUUCGGAUCGAUUCGAGGGACGGCCAUGAUAAUUCAAAUGACAGUGGUAAGAGGAGCUGUCCCGCUUUCUCUAUUUUUAUAGUUGCAGCAAAUACAGUUGAAACAGCUAGAAGAGCAUCAAUGCCACCUUGUGAAGGGACGUUUCAUCUCAUUCCUGAACAGGAAAAUUCGAAUGACUUGGUUCCAGUCAAUCAGUUACCGGUUUCACCUAGUCGGGGCAAACCCGAGUGUGAAAUCUGCCUAUGUAUGUCUAAUUCUACGAUCUUACGAUUCCAGUCUUGGAACUUGCUUUUAAAGUUUUUGUAACUCUGACUUAGCUGAAUACGAAAAUAAUGAUAGAUUACGCCACCUGCCCUGCGGCCACAGUUUUCACGUCGAAUGCAUUGACCGGUGGCUCAGGACGGCGGAGAACUGUCCAAAGUGUCGAAGCAAUGUGGUUCGAACCCUGCGUCGGAUGCAAGUACAGGCUGUGCGCAGAAGAGCGCAGUCGGCGGAAAACAGGUCGUCAGCUUCAGUACACACAGACUCUAUGCCAACUCUCAAUGCUUCUAGGGUAGGAGCCCUUUGAGCAACCGAAUUUCAGCUACUAAACUGAUAUUAUUCUCUAUUUUACCAUAUCAUGUGUGACUGCUCUUAGCUCAGUUCUGGAGAGUUCGUUGUAGUGGUCAUAUUUUAUCCGCAAUAGUUAAAAUUUCUAUCCAAAAUCAUAGCAGCCUAUUAAGUAAACGCCCUGAACUAUCUGGAAAAUUCGAAAGCUACGUUUGAGGAAAUUUAAAAUCCCUGUUCCGAGUUAUGACAAGAGAUUUCAACUUCAUUUACUUGAGAACGACUCCUUUCACUUAGAGGGCUUAUCCUACAUUGAUUUCGUGCAGUCCUUUAACUAACUCUUCCGUUCCUGUAAAGACCAAAGUUUACUCUUGGUAGAAAUGGCCCAAUUUUUCCUUUUGCUCUGUUUCCGUUCCUGAUUCGCCUUUUAUAUCUAAAGAAUCAGUCAAUUUCUACUCUGAGAAUGGCAUUCAAUCAUGCGUCAGUUUCGACCGACGAGCCACCCGAAACAAGAACAAGUGUUCUUCGCCGUCUUCACGCAGCACAGCGCCUGCGUAAUUCUAUAAAUUCAGCCAUGGUAGGUCUCUCAGAGUGUUAAAGUCGGGUUGUUUAGCAAAAAGUUUGUAAAAAAUGUGAGGUUAGCCGUUUAUUUCGGAACUAGCACUUGUUUUUAGAAUUUGAGGAUGCAAUUUUCGUCCUCCAACAUUUUAACAUUCUGUGCCAAUUCAAGCUUAAUUGUGCAUUGUAACGUAGGGUGGUCGCCUGCCGGCAAGAGAAAGCAGACUUUGGAUUGAAUUUGGCCGAAUGUCUUCGGUGGAUAAAGAAAAAUACACAGGAACAUAGGCGUACGGGGCCGAAGAAGAGCCCUAAUAUGUUGUCUUUUGGAACAGAAGUGAAGACGGUAGAGGUGGCAAAAGCGGAGAAUUCAAUGACAGUGUCAGUUUCAUGACAUUUUUAACUGUUAACGACCAUCACAUAUUAACAAAACUAGCAGCCCUAUAAUAAAAAAGCCUAGGGCAAUCAGACAAGGUAAUCACCUAAACUGCAGGCUAUGUCAAACCUGCAGGUGGGCCUGGUGCGAGAGGGGGCUACAAGUGAGAGUUCUUUGAGUACAGUGAAAGACCGUCAAGUGUGAUUGGACCGCGUAGCAUAGAACGCUAAUUAGUUUUGAGCCAGGAGCUUCAAAACUAGGGACUAGAGAGGCGAAUGGGAUUAUUGAGAAGAAGGUAGUUUGAUCUUUGAACCCAGAAUUUUAUUGAGGAGGAAUGACACCGGCUGUCAAGUCGCGGCUCACUUGACGGAACCCGGCCACACCUCCAAGUUCGAUGAGGCCGAAAUUCCCGUGAAAGAUGACAGCUGUGUGAGCCGGGAGUUGCCUGAGUCAAGGAUAUUCGGUCCAGAGUCCGUCCACAAGCGCAAUGGCCUCUUUCCCAUCUAGGGCUAAGAUCUUGGCUGAGAACAGUUAGUCGCGCGCUGAGCACGCUUCUAGCGGCAGCAUGUACGAACCAAAUGAUCGAGUAGAAAUCACACCAACCAUCACCACUGGCGACAAAGUUGCGGCCAUUAACUUCUCGUAUUCGUGCAAUCAGGCAAUCAUCGCAAGUUUUACUAUCCGUGAGGAAUUCAGGAGCUGCUAAUACUGAGAAGUGUGUGGUCGCACAGUGACUGCAUCCUAUAAAUACUCUACCUUCCGUGUAUUCGCCUCCCUUAUUAAUUAUCCUCUCUACUUUUGGGGUCGAGUGUGCAUCCGAAACAUCAGGUAAAUUAGGUUAUUCGCCCUUAUUUUCAACUGUUUCUUCGAACUUAUUUUUUCGCUUGUAUCUGCCAAUCGGUCAUUUCUGGCACCGAAUACUUCAACCACAGCAGUAAGAGAUGGAUCAGAUCUUCUCCACACUUACCCACUUCUGGUUUUCCUUGUAUCGGAACUUCCUCUGAGUGUCGUAGGAGAUGCCUUAUCUGAGCUCUAAAUAAGAUCUUGAGGACUUUCCUUGGCAUGGCUAGUGUUCGCCAGGAGUUUCGUGAUAAGGCAUCUUUUUGCCUUACUUUCUGCUGACAACAGCAACUCCUACAUACGUUCGACCAGCUGAUUUGCCAAUCGUCUUUGCUGUUGUCAUAUCGGCAUUCAUGAUUACAUAUUACCUCGUAAAUGAGGUUCGACGUAGCGUGCAUACACAACAAAUCUAUGAGUGGCCUAACCAAAAUAUCUGCCUUAGAGCCUGGGAACAAGCUAGAUGCGAUGCAUGCCUGUUCAAUCGUACACCGGACCUGUCAUUUGAUCGCGCCUAAAAGGAGUAUCCUUGGGAAGAAGUUAAAUGCCGUCAAGUUUUUUUUGAGCUGCCACUCUUACUGAAUCAUCUUGCUUAAGAUGGUGGUAUCAAUAAAUUAGGGAAGGCAACCGUUUCUAAGGAUGUCUUUUAAUAAAGGAUCUCGUCCUUUAUCAUUGCUGGGAAACAACUUUCAGUAACUCGAUUGAACAAACUCGUCACUAGCUUUCUUACUCUUUGAAUUCGGGCAAAACUCGAAAUAUGCAUGUACUGUCCUUCCACUUGUCUUUUGGUAAACUGGUGUCUUGAUGAAGCUUCUACUCGCAACUGUACAGGAAUGUCGAAGAAAGAGGCCUUGUUGUAUCCCUCAUGCUCAAUCCGAAAUUUGGUUUUUGAAUGUGUCUUUCUCGCGACAGACAGUUGUAUUUCUCGUGUUUGGGACCAUUUAUUACGACGAAACUGUCAUUCAUAUAGCCUUCAUAGACUCCUCCUGCUUCAUCGCCUCUACCGCCUCAACGUCUGCCGCUGUUGCGUCUGCCAUGCCCAUCAACACUACACACAAUCGUGACACACCAACACCACCACCGUCAAUACCAGUGACGAGGGCUGGGUCCAGACCUGUCCACAUUGCGAUCGCACUUUCACCUCACACAUCGGCCUGGUCGGUCACUUGCGAAUCCGUGGCACAGCGGCUGGUGAACGAGUGCCUGGAGCACCAACCUACACCUGCCCCGUUUGCGCACCCGCCUCCCCUGUCCGCACUGUCCACGCACAUUCAGGCGGAAUUGGCCGCAGCCCCGACACACUUAGCACAUCCAGCACACUAUCAUGCCUAGCCCCGCCCACGCUCCGCCGCCCAUUGCACCCACCACCAGCUCUAUCACACUCAGCACAUCUUGCACGUCCACCAUGCUCAACUCAACCAACACCCCGUCGCCCAUCGCACUCGCCACCACCAGCACCACCAUCACCGAACCUGAUGCUGACACCGCCGACUUCUCAUGUCCACACUGUCCCCGUACACUCACCUUCCACGUCGUCCUGGUCGGUCACUUGCAAAUCCAUCGCACCAAUGCCUGGAGCACCAAGCUACACUCACCGUAUCCGACUCCACCGUCCACAUUGUACUCGCACAUUUACUCACCGCAUGGGUCUAUUAAGCCACAUGCGUGUCCACGAAAACCUGCGGUAGCCAACCGGUGGCUGCACCACACCAUUACAUCCUCCAUUACUAGCAUCUCACCGCACAUCAAAAUCACCCACCGCAGGCACCCAACUGUUACCUCCCACGCAAACGGGAAGUGCGCGUCUCGGCCCCUUCACCAUGCGACUCCCUUGCUGCAUGUGUGAUCGGAAUCUGAGACAAAGAUGGCGCGUCGAGCGCCGUGGCUCGGAAGGCGGCCAACUGGCGCCCCAACUCAGUCCACGCAGUCUGCCCAGUUGUGUGUGUUGUGUGGAGUGGUGGGCUGAGAGCCAGGCUGACACGGUCCCGUCUCAAGCGAUCUGCAACACUCGCGUGCUUGUGAGGAGAGUGUGUGUGUCUUAUGGGUAGUGCCUCUGAGUCGACGACUGUUUGCUUAUCUAACUUUGAAGGGUGACGCAUCAGGCUAAACGCACGGCCACGUGUUGCCCUUCUAGGUCAAAAGGUCUGAAAGCAUAUGCUAUGCCAGUAUCAGCAAACCAUGGCCCUCAGCCUUCUAUGCGCCGACAGUUCCCUGCCGGUAGAUGCGCGUGCGCUCCCACUGGGUAUACAGCUGGUGGGAAUGGCUGCCCAGUCAUCAUCCUCUUUCUCCUGACCCCUGAUGCUGUUGCUACUGCUGUUGUUGUUAGUCAAAAACCUGGUCAUUGGCUGUGUGGACCGGGGCACGUAGAGUUGGACGCCAAUAUGCGGGCUCGACUGCGCCAUCCACCUGCGCCCCCCCCGCCUCCGGUCUUCUUGACUGUCUUGACACCAGGUCCAGCUGAGGAGUGGAGAAGAGAGAGUGCGGUAGAUGCUGCGCAAGUCUACCAUCGCUAUAAACUAAUUCACGCGCAAGUCACCGUGCCUGCUUCACCUUGUUGUGAAGCACGCGGUGGACAUUGUCGAACUCGACGGUCGAACUAUAGAGUGUAAUUCAUUGUAGGUUUUGGGACGGUUUUCGCCCGGGGCUUGCUAGUGAGAUGCCUCUUAGGACUGGCAACAAUGUGCCGUCAAUAGCUACACUGUCGACCCGCCUCAACAACUGCCGACUCACCAGGAAUUUAAUAUCCUUGGCACAUAACUGCAGUAGCUCUCACAGUUUUCAUUGCGCUAGAUAUGUUCCAGCUGCGGUCUCACAAAUUAUCUUAAUGAUUUUAUGAAGCGUCAGGUUAGUAAACUAGCCUUACAUAUGCAUUGGUAUCAUGUGCCCAUGCAGCAUGUUUUCAUCAUUCUUACCGUGUAUUUGGUUAUAUACGCAGCAAUACUUUGUCUGGUUAGUUCUAUUUGUUGUUGUUGGGGCAAAUUCCUUAUUGAUAGAAUUGGUCGCAGCGGCGCCCCUGGUUUGCGUAUUUCCGAUAGCCCGUACAUUCUAGGAAUAUGCGAGUUAAUGGACCUAAGACAUGCAACCUUCUCUUGGCUAUGACUUGGCUCAUUAAUGGUGGUUCCACAUUUACUUUAAUAAGGACUCGCGACUUUGUUUCCUCUUUUCCAGUGGUUUCACUAAAACAUUUGUGAAAACCGCUGAACGCUGCUUCUAUUUUACUUGCAUAGCCAGAAGUAUUUAAAUCAGCCCAGUCGUCUUUUUCAGGUUUCCAGAUGACAUCAACUGCCCUCUGUAGAUCACAUAGAGCUAAAAGGUGUUGUUUAAUCAAAGGUGAGCGCGGCGUAUCGAGGGGUGCUCUGUACUCAUAGGUGAUAUUGGCUAAUUUCGGUUUUAAUUACUUUGUUUUUUGACAUCACCGUUAGGUCUGCUAACUCGGAAGAUGAUUUGUCGAGCGUAGUUUCAGUCUCCGUGAGCCUAUCCUGCGUUAUAGUAGAAAGAAUGUGGGCCCUAAAGGGCAGAUUUUACUUUACCCAGUGUUAGAUACAAUAAGUUUGCCACAUGAGCUUCUUGAUGUAAAGGAGGCUGUUUGCCAAUAGCUUGUCUGUUUGACGAAUUAAACGGAUUCGCGUGGAACGACUGUUUUAUCUUGGCUCCGUUCGCGCUACUGAAUAGUAUUCUAUGCUGUGUAGCCUUAAUCAUGCCUGAUGAGUCUUCACUGCAACCACAGCUCCCCCAGCCAUACCCCAUCUUGCUCCAGAUCGACUUUCAGGUCUAACAUGCCCUGCUGUUCGUGCACUUAUUCCCCCAGUUAGUCUUCGUUGUAUUCUAACUGAGCAGCUACUUUUGUUAAUGCAUAAUGACCGUUAACAUUUGGUCAAGUGGUCGCGCACUUUGUAAAAUCAUUCGAUAUGAAACAGAGUUCAAGUAAGCUUAUGACGUUUCCUGAAUUUAGCAGCUCAAGUAAAUGCAUUCAGUCGUCAAGACUUCCACCUCAACUAAGUAUAUUUUUUAUAGAGGACUUCUUUUCACGAGGGGGGUACUAGGUUAGCGUGGGCCUGAAAUUACUUUUAGCAGGAGGUUUUUUGCGUUCCAUUAUCAUUAUCAAAUACCUAGUUCAUUUGAACAGUCAAAUUGUGCCCACACAUGCUGGUAGCCAUUCCUCCUUUAUGAAUUUACAAUGUCUAGACGUCAAUUGCAGUUAGUGUUUUGAUUAGGCGCGAUUGCCCAAAUAGUCGGAACCCGGAAACCUUGUUUAAUUUCAGAGCUUGUUUGAAUAUUUGACUGUUUCGUUGUGGGCUUCCAAUCUAGGGUUUAAAUUUCGACCACGUUCUUGUUCGCACUAUGUCCACUCACUCUGUUAUCUUUUUUCCUACUUGAACCUCCUCACAAUAACUACAAUCCGUUCGGGAUAAUGCAUGGAGCCUUCAUUUCAUGGCGCUUGAGUGCCCUCUGUUUCACAUGCAUUAGGUUAGCUGCGUUUCGUUAGUCGUUAAGAUGGGCUGCACACCUGGCAUGCGUUAUACGUAAGGGCUACUCCAGGUCAACCAUUUCACUUGAUCGCAUUCCCAGUCAGUAUUAGAAGGGAAUAGCACUAAUACACGAACCUGUGAAGAGUCACUGUGACUGUGAGGGACCUAUAAAGGUCAUUUCAAACACUAGCCUAAAAACCGCAACUUUAAGUUCGGAUGGCCCCGACCGAUUGCUAGCCCCAGUCUCCACCGUUGUUGGGCAAGAAGUUUAUGAGGCACGGGGUUGCUGGGCGGCUCCUAUUUUAGGAAUUUAAGUUUAUCUGGUAUGCAUGAGUUUCGACACCAGGUGGUUUACCAUCGAUGUUAUUCACAUUCAAACCUAGUGCUCUAGUUCAGUACCCCACGUCAUUAAUCCAGACUGUCCCAGUCUCUCGCAUAUUGAUGCAGGCAUGCUGCACCUCCACAAGCGUACGAUAUGCAAUGAAGACAAGUGUUCGGUGAGUUUGCUGUCCACCAAGACCUAAAUUUUUUCAGAGUCGGCUUCAAGAAAGAGCCAGACCAUGGGGGAGUAGUGGCCUCUAAUUUGAACGGAAACGUGCUGGCCAUAUUCACAGAGCAUCGGUAUUCCUAAAGAAAAGCCAUUUUUAUUCACAGCUAGCCUGCUUUCGGCCCGGUUGUGUAAGAUGUGUUUUCCCGCCUUCUUUGUGACAGCAUUCAUUCUAACGGAUUCAACGGACUCCAUGCUGCAAGUAAACGGCGCCCGAAAUGGUCAUUUUCCAUUAAAUACAGUUGGCGACACGAUCUUACGCGAAGUUUAACCAGUUGACACGUCAUCCACACAAACCAUGGAUAGUGGGAUAAAGCAGACGCUGAAGGCCCCUUUGCCGAUAGAAGCGAAGGGACGAGUUCCAGAAGGCAGUUCAGAAGAAGGUGCGAUCGCUGGAACAAGAGGUUUAUUGGUUUGACGUUUUGGAUUCUCACACCCAUCCUUAGAGACAGUUGCAGAUAGGGGUAGUGGAGACACAAGUAAUGCAUUUUUAUAGGACGCAGUUGCCAUGCGACCACAUGCCUACUCUCACUAGUAGCUCCCAAAUUCAUCGCUGGUGGUUGUAUUUGAUGCUUAGGUCGUUAAUUGUUGAAGUGUAAUUGCCGUUGUGGAUUCUUGGCGUGAUAAUGACCCAGCCAUUUGGCUCACUGCUACUGGGACUGUCGGUCCAGUGCGCGUUCCCGCAUGGCUAAUUACUCCGUACAAACAAGAUCUCAGCACGGAAUAUGGGGUCGGGAGAUCAUUUUUACGGUGGCACCGAUGUAACAAAAGCCCAAUUCGCUGCUUUGCAAGCAUAUAUCUCGACACAGGCACAAAGGUUGAAAAGCUAAUUAUGACGAGCAUCGGCGUCAUAGGGGUCGAAGCUGGCCGAAUUAUGCGCGGUGCACAGUUGGUCUUUCCUAAGCUCAGGCCAGGAAUUGACGAAAAGAACGUGUGAAAUCCAGCAAACAGGCAAUCCUCUCCAGGUGCUUAACCGUGCUCUAGUUUCACUUUACACCCUCACAGAUCUCAGGAAUCGGUCGUGAGCCGCAGUCUGCUCGGCGACUGAGCAGAAUGUCCCUCCUGAUCGUCGCGUCCUAUCAUGACAUUGUCGUCCCAUCUUGCGUGUUUUUGUUCUUUAAAUGCCGAUAAUUUCCGGACUGCCUGGUCCUCAGAGUCUGGCACAGCCAUCCGGUAUCUCUAUUAGCUGGAUUACAGUCUACGUCUCAGACAAUUGUAUUUCUAAGCUAUUGACGCAUAACGGUUAUAAUAGCAUCCAAUUAAACAUUGUGUCAUUCCGAAGACCAGUGCUUCUGGGUCUCUUGGCUGGCCGAAGGGUUUCGCUAGUUGUCGCGUUUUUAUGAUGUCAGCAUUUGCUUUAGUUUCCCACCUUCAAAAUGCUAUAGAUGAAAUAGUUUGAUUCCUACGCGAAAAUAUCUCAGGUCAAGUUGUCACCUGUACCAACAUGGUGAUGAUCGGGUGGAGCUUCAAGACAACUUCGGGAUGUCGGAACAUUUGAUUCGACCCAGCGGGUCGUGUACCCUCAAACAUACGUAAUCUGGUCUGUUGUCGAAUCUUCAUAGAAGCUUGCUCGGAGCCACCCUUCCUACUUGCGUUGGCUGCAUGCGAGGCCUAGUCUUCUAGUGUAAAUCCGUUUCAGAAAGUUUGGACGAGUUUGUGUUCAUUGAGGUUUGCCGUCAGUUGGAGUGCAACCAAUUAACAAGGCUCCUCCUCAUUCAUGCGACGCCUUCCAUGGUGUUUCAUAUCAGCCCUCCUAACAAGGCGACCAUUUCUAAUUCUUAGUUUGGCUCGGAAUUCGCCUUAGGUGCUCCUGAGUAGCAUGCGGUUUUGUUGAAAUGCUGAGUCUGUAGACUAACAUAUCAUUUCAACUUUUUAAUAGCGGAAAUUAAUCGCUAAAAUGCGGCAAAUCCAUCGGAAUGAAGCUCUUUGAGCUCGGUCCGGGAGUUGCUAUGAAUAUUUGAGCGAAAAUCCACCAGCUUCAGUGGGAUAACCGCAUGAUAUUCAUAAGCUACCAACAGGCAGCCGGUAUAAUGCACAUAUUGCAUGAUUUAUCAUAUUGACGCCUCAAAAAUUCAAAGCAACUUUCGGACUGAGCCUCUCAGGUUUCCUUCCCAUUGAUUUAGUGAAAGUUAGUGACUGAUUUCUGAGGAGAUUGAGGGGCUGAAAUUUGAAAACUGGAGGCUUCACCAGAAAGCACACGUGAACGCUGGGGGACUCACUGAUAAGCCGAACCACUCGCAGCUGUCUUAUGCAACGACAGCAUAUCGGCAAAACAGGUGUCUGGACUUUUGGCUAGUGCCGUGCUGCCAGUAGGAUAAGUCAUGAAACAAAAAAUAUAACUCUUGUCUACAUAUUUUUCGCGGACUCUACCUCAGUAAAGAACAUCUAGCUGAUCGACAUUACAAUGCUUUGCACCUUUUUUCAAAAUACUGCCAUGCCAAGAACGUCCACCGCCACCGCAAUCGCUUCCAGCCGUGGUGGUCUUAUAGUUCGACCGACCGACUGCAACGCGGACGCUCACGCAUAUCCUGAAAAGCACAAUCUUUCCUCGCAUGACACGACUCACGCACCUCUGGACGAAAGGAUCUGGACUUUGCCCCGAUCAGCAUGGCAGUCCGGUCAUUGAAUUCGAUCAUGUUUGCUGUGUGUUCCUUAGCACUAUGGACGCAGAAUAGUGACUCGCUGGUUAAUUGGUUUAUGGUAAUGGCGGACAUGCGCAGCACCCACCUCGCCCCCUCUUUUUUCAACCACCCUGGCCCGAUUCAGGCCUAGUGGCCGCCGAAGAUAAGUGGCCCGUCUGCGCGUGCCACUCAUGGACUGGUCCCGCACAAUGCACCGCGUCGGUGGAUGCGCUAUAAAUGCCACGUUCAGGAGGAGCUAGUGAACCCGACCCUGCGUCCUGAUAGGGCUGACUUACUUAAUGGUAGGGGGGCGCUCACCGAUCGUUCUUACGAAACUCACUCGUUCCGUUGUGCCUUAUGGGCUCUCUCUCUAGAACCCAACCAGCAGCCACUGGCCCGGUGGUUAGAGGUGUGGACUUCUAACUAACAGGUCGCGAGUUCGAGCUUCGGGUGUUCCACACUUCGGGAUUGGGUAUGACUGGCUGACCACGGCUAAUAAGCCAUAAAUGGCCAUUCCAGUCUCCCUUGCCUUUGUCGGCAACAACAUACUGACUUAUCUAGUCAGUUGUCAACCUUCCAAACCACACCUUUUAAUACGUUCUUAUAGUUUCAAAGUGGGUCAGAUUUUUUUAAAGCGAGGAGUGUUCUGAAGUGUUGUGGGGACGAAUUUCUUAGCAUCGACCCCGUUCUCUCCUUUUUACAUGCACCAGUCCACCAUCCGAACCGGCCAGCCAUUUGAUGCAGGGAUUGGACGCAAGUGGCUGGCUUGGCGUGAAGCCCGCGCCUAGACGUGCCACCACACACCAAUGUGCGGCAGUUGUUAUGGGAUGCGCGGACUCUGCGCAGCCCGGUUUGCGUGUGCGUGCCCCAAUCUGGCUCAUGCAUUGGGGUCCAGUGCCUCGACAACGCAGCGCGUUGUGGGGACACGUAAUUCAGCACAUGAAGAAGUCGAUACCUUAAAAACUAGCAUAUGCCUUAACGUUGUUAGCCCAUAGCCUGGCCUCACCAGCAGUCAACGAUAUCUCAGAUGGCAGCUCAGCCUUUUUCACGGAAUAAAUCCUCCCACUGGUAGUCUUUCAUCUACUAAUGCCAGAGCCGUGGCCUUGGUUGUGAUGAUUAAGGUAUUCAAAUUACUUUGACCGCGACUAACACGAGGGCCUUUCCUUUGACAAUUUAACUUCAUAGGGACUGCCGCCAUUCUUUAUCAGGCAGUCUUCGAACACUAAGAGGGUUAUUUUUGGGGAAAUUAUUACUGUGAAAGGAGAUAUCUUCAUUUUUCUCACUGUGUCCUCAACAAUUUCGAAUAGACCAGGGAAAACAAAAAAAACCAUCCGGUCUAGAACUUUUCUGCGAUAUAUGAGCUCCCCCAACUUUAUACCUCUUGUCUUUUUAGGCUGA